UGGGGCGUGGUCACACGUGACAAUGACGUUGUGUUUUUGUGCGUGUGAAGCCGAGUGCCGAGCGAGCCAACUGCCCCUGCUAGCAAGCACUUCGGCAAAGGCGUCGAUUUACUGCUUAUAAAAGAUGAGGAUAUCAGAGAGAAAUCAGCGCUGGGCAUAAAUGGUGUCCCAUGUAAUCAAGCCUUUUGUCACCCCUGUUUGGGUGCCAUGGUCGUCAGUAACACAUGAGCUCUACUAUGUGGUACAUCAUGCAAAGCAUUCAAAGCAAAUACUCCCUAUCGGAGCGACUCAUCCGCACAAUCGCUGCUAUCCGCUCCUUCCCGCACGACAACGUGGAGGAUCUUAUCCGCAAGGGUGCCGACGUGAACCGCAUGCAUGGCACGCUGAAGCCGCUGCACUGUGCCUGCAUGGUUGCUGAUGCUGACUGUGUGGAACUACUGUUGGAGAAGGGGGCAGAGGUCAACGCUUUGGAUGGAUAUAACCGCACUGCGCUCCACUAUGCAGCAGAGAAGGAUGAGAGCUGUGUGGAGCUGCUGCUGGAGUACGGGGCUCAGCCCAAUGCUCUGGAUGGCAACAAGGACACCCCGCUCCACUGGGCCGCUUUCAAAGACAACCCAGAGUGUGCGAAAACUCUGCUUGACAGCGGGGCUUGUCCCAACGCCCGCGACUACAACAGUGACACACCACUGAGCUGGGCAGCCAUGAAGGGAAACCUGGAAAGUGUUAAAGUGCUUUUAGACUAUGGCGCGCAGGUCCAUGUGACCAACUUGAAGGGCCAAACACCCAUUUCCCGACUAGUGGCCCUCUUAGCACGAGGCUUGGGCACUGAGCAGGAGGAGGAGUGCCUGGAACUGUUGUCCCGGGCAGCUGGACGCUUUGAGAUUCGCCGGGCAGAUGGCACGCUUCCGAAGGAGCUCAGUAAGGAUCCACAGCUGCUGGCCAGACUCACCGGCAUGGUGGCCCAAGCGCCCACAUUGCGCUCUCUGGCGCGCUGUGCAGUGAGGCAUAGUAUGGGCGUGCGGUUCCUCCCAACGGCAGUCAAAAAGCUUCCUUUACCAGAGACCAUCAAGGAAUACCUUCUCCUCAGAGACUAAGACAUCGUUAGGUGGGGGUACUUUGGUUUUUUCCUUCUUGUCUCCCACAAUCACGACAGCCUCUCUUGCUCCUUUUCUACUGUGCAAUUACUGGAUUGCCUCGAUCGAAAACCACGCCACACUGAACCAGACAUUAGCCAAAUGAUGACGCUGUUAUUAGUAUAUUGGAAAUAGAAUAUAAUCUACGAAGGCAGAUUUUGUUUUUGUAAAGGAUAAUGUGGAGAGAACUGCUUUUUCAUGAGCAAGAAAAGCUAAACUGAAAACAAUGAUUGAACUGGUUGGCACAAUAAAAAGAUUUUUGGGCACUUACUGAAGUAUGAUAUACGUGUAGGAUUUUAGAAUAUUGUCGUGGUGAAAAACGAAUAUGGGCAAGUAGGAACACUUCGAUCUCUAACACCUAUGUAUAGUUGCUGUUCAGAAGUAUGGUCACUGAAAAGGGACGAAAAACAUAUAUAUUAAAGUUAGUCUUACUAGAAUAAAGUUAUAUACCUGUAUCUUUUAGGUUUAUGUCAUUGCUAAGAUUAAGUAAUAUAUUUUCAAAAAAUUAGUCUGAUUUCCAUUUAUUUAUUUUUGGGGUUCAAUGUGCCCCUAAUAUUCCUUCAUAUUUUGCUGUUAUUGGAGGAAACAAUACUAUAGAAACCCUUGUUGCUCACAACAGUGGAGGAAUGUGAUUGUCGCGUGUUUAACCCAGUAUGUUCCAAUAUAUACUGAUACGAAAUUGACUUGCCAUGUUCGCAACCCCAACUGAAGAGUUACUACAGAUAAAUCAAUAUAGAGGGUGGUGCAAGUACAAUGGAAAAGGGGCAUGACAACAUUAUUAAAAAUGUAGGUUUCGAUGGAAUGGUUUCACGAAAAGUAGUGGUAUAUUUUAGAAUGCCACAUGGCUGUACCGUUGCACUUGUAAAUAUUAUUACUUUCGUACAGUGCUGCAAAAAAGCAUUUACACUCUUUUUACAUAGUUCCGCCACUUGAAGAUUCUGAAACAAAUGUGAUUAUCAGACAAUGAUAACCUCAGAAAAUUGUAGUUUUAAAUAGUAAUUUUACUUUUUUAGGAAAAAAGCUAUUCAAAGCUACCUGACCCCUUUGUUAAAAAAAUACUUGCCCCCUUGUUAAAUUGUGAAUAACUGGCUAAUCACAUUUUUGAGAAAGCUUCACUGACCAAGCCUGACUACCUACAGACCUAUUAAUCAAGAUAACACUUAAAUAAAACUUCCAGAAAAAUGAAGUUGGUCAAAAACCUGCAACAAAAUGCCAUGAUCUUAAUAAAUUCAAGAAUGGGUGAGAAUUAAAGUCUGGAAAGAGUUACAAAGUCAUUUCUAAAGCUUUUUGACUCCAGUGAAGCACAGUGAAAUCCAUUAUUCACAAAUGCAAAAAGCAAAGUACAGUUGUUAACUGUCCCAAGAGUGACUGGACUACAAAAAUGACCCCAAAGAGACUGUGGCUCACAAAGGAAGUCAGGACUACUUCUAAAGAAUUUAAGGCUUUUAAAAGUAAGGAAGAGACUGGCGGAAAGGGCAUCCUUGGCAGAGUUCCAAGGUGAAAACCACUGCUAACAAAAAAACAAGACAAAGUUUUUUUUGAGGGGGGGGGAUAACAUCUGAAUCAUUCUCAAGAUAGAUGGAAAAUAAUUUUAUGGACUAAUUAGAUGAAAUUUGUAUUUCUUGAAAGGUGUCUCAUUACAUUGGUGUAAAUGUAACAGCAUUUCAGAAAAAGAACAUCAUGCCAAUAGUCAAAGACGGUAGUGGUUGUUUGAUGGUCUAGGGUUGCUUCACUUUUGAAAGGACUUGCUGUCAUUGAUGAACCAUGAAUUCUGCUCUUUACCGGAAAAUGCUGAAGGACAAUGUUAAGUCAUCACUUUGUGACUUCAAGGUGAAAUGUACUUGGGUUCUGUGGCUGGAUAAAAAUCCAAAACAAACCAGCAAAUCAAGUUCUGAAUGGUUGGGGGGGUGGGGGGGGGGGGUGGAGUGACUUAGGCAACGUCCAGACUUGAAUCUGACUUAAAUGCAGCGGUGUGACCUUAAGUAGUGAAUUCAUGCUUGAAUACCUUAUACUGUUGCUGAAUUAAAACAAUUUUGUCACACUGGUCUUCAUUGUAUGGAAUGAGAAUGAGCUUCUGCUUCAUGUUGUCCCAGGGAUCCUCUGUCAGUCUUUUAUACUACUGAGGUAACGGACAACUGAUGGGAACAAUGUUAUUUUUAAGCUUUGACACGAUGACUUGGCUGCUGUUCUGUGUGGAAUUCAAGAUCAAGUUAAGUUGUCAUCGGGGAGCGAAUUGUUUUAUUACACCCAGUUCACUAUAUCUUUAUGUUGUGGUGCUGAAGAUGUAUAAUCAUGUUGAAUUCGCCAUUUUGUUUAUGCCUGCAAAAAUGUUUGUUGAGACGGGCAGCACUUUAAUGAAAGUACUUGUACAACUUUU